AUGUCUGUCUCAUUGGUUCAGUCUGUUCGGAUUCGUGAAAGGAUAUACCAAGUGAAAAAGCAAUGCCGUCGCCUGGAAGCCAUGAAACGUGUCGCACUCCAUGUACUGCACCGGAGUACUGGCACGCACGAAAUUCCGCCACUUGAGAUUGUUGAUGAGGAUCCCGCUCCGUCGUUUCUAGAAUCUGUUCGUAAACAGCAGCAAUCUUCUCCAGAAACACUACGUAAAAAGUCAAAGCGGCCUUCUCGCUGUAAAGCUGAUGACAAGUUGACACCCGAGGAGGAGGAGCGUGCAAAGCAAAAGAUAUGCAGCAUCAUCGACAGCGUGUACAGUGAAACGGCGAAAAGGAUGGGCGAGAAACCGAAGAGGGAGAUGUGCAGCGAGAAUGCUAGGGAAUCAUUAAAUCAGUGCCAUUAUCGAAGGUUGGUGUCUCGUAGGCUAUCAAUCAGUCAUCGUAAAUCAGAAGAAGAAAAAAAGAAGAAUUACUGCAAUAUAUUUGGGGAUCAAGUUGCCAAUGAUGGUUGCCAGGCGAGCGGUUCACCUGCACGCUCCAAUGAGCGUUCUGAUGCUAAUGUGGAGGAGAACGAAAUGGCAAUAUCACCGACUGUUUCUCUCGGCGAAACCAAUCGGAACCCAUCUAUUAAGUCCACAUUUAACAAUUUACUUCUUGAACAUCACCUGCGACCCACUGUUUGCGAAGGGCGUGUCAACUAUAGUGACACUGUCGAGCAAGCGCCAAUAUGUGACAAGAGUUUGGUGAGUAACAACUACGGAUUUCUGGGUGCAAUUCAGCCGCUGAACUACACUGGGAAACUCAUCGCGGCAUUCACUUCUAACAUAAGUAGCACUGAUCUCUCUAUGGAUUGCGCACCAUUACAGAGAAAAGCAGAAGCCUCUGCAGUACACACUAUUGCUUCCACCUAUGCUAAUAAUGCAUCGGUAAUCAUGAGUUGUAACGAAAACCUUGAUCGUGCAAGGAUGCUAUAUUAUCCAAAGGAAGUAACACCCAGUAGAUUUUUGACUGCCCCACCGACAGAGUUCAGGGAAGGAUCUGAUGAAGCUUCAGAGAAAGUCGAAGUUUCGAAGUCUUCGGUCGAAUUCCUCGGCGCCAUGCAAACGGCACUUGUGAGCAAAAUGGUUUCACUAGUGCCGUCUGACGAAGAAAGGGUGUCCACUGUAAACUGGUCCAGCAAACAAAAGCCUUUGCUGGAGCAAGUGAGUAGCGGCUUACCCCCUCCAAAUUACAUUCCGUACAGGAUGAUUGCUGUUGAAAACGUGCCAGUCGACGUGAUCGCGAUCGGCUCAUCUGGGUGA